CUCCUUCUCCUGAGAAGGCUCCCUUUUUUCUCCUCUCCUCCGCUGUCAGAAACAGAUUUGGGCUGGAAUGGCCUGGGGGGGUCCACACCUGCUGCUUCCACCUGUGCUGCUGCUGCUCCUGGCCUCAGUUCCUGGGUAAAGGGUGCUGUGCCUGAAGAACUUCACAAACACCCAGGACAGACCCUCCUCCUGCAAUGCCAGUACUCACCCAAGAGAGGGCCCUAUCAGCCCAAAUCCUGGUGUCAGCAGACAUCUCCAAGUCGGUGUACCUUACUUGUCACCAGCUCCAAGCCCCAGACAGCAGUUCAGAAGUCUCAUUACAUAAUCUGGGACAAGCCCAAUGCUGGCUUCUUCAACAUCACCAUGAUUCAGCUGACACAGAAUGACUCGGGAUUCUACUGGUGUGGAAUCUACAACGCUUCCGAAAACAUCAUCACUGUUCUUAGAAAUAUCAACCUGGUGGUGUCUCCAGCCCCAACCACGUCUCCUAUGUGGACUCUUCCCUGGCUCCCAACAAGCACAGUUCUGAUCACUUCUCCAGAGGGGACCUCUGGCCAUCCCUCCAUCAAUGGCUCUGAGACCAGGAAAUCAAGAGUCCCUGCCUGCCUUGGCUCAGGUGGCCCCAGAUUCCUGGUCUUGGUGCUAUGUGGACUCCUCCUGGCCAAGGGCCUGAUGUCGUGAGUCCUGUUUGUGCUCCUGAUCUGCAGGUGCCACAGGACAGCAGUGACGAGGUUUCUGAUUGUCCCAGCACAGCCUUGUCCCAGGACCCUUGGGUGCAUGAGCCACAGCAUGGAUCCAGGAUGAAUCCCAGUUCUUCCCCUGCCCAGCUAUUGGGAGCUGGCCUAAGUAUUGCUCCCCACCUCCUUGUGAGGAAAGGCUAGCGCUAAGCCUAUUGGAGAGAACUUUCAGCCCCUGAACUCCCCGGUGAUGACCCCUCACCCCUGCACUGAGCCCCCUUAGAUCUACUUCCCCUGCCCUGACUUUCGCCAUUGGGAAGACCUGGGGUGGGGGUUUCUGCAUCCGGGUCAAUGCCCAGCUCAGCAUCUUCAGCUGUGCCCAGGCUCCUCUCCAGCACUCUGUGGUUCUCUGAGCCCCACCUCAGCAGGUCUCCAGGAUCCCUCACAUUUCCCCUGUUUGUUGCCUGUGGUCUGCCCUAGAGUCCUAUGAAUUUCCUCUUGUGCUUAAUUAAAUUCAACCUCUGAACUGAAAUGUGUCAGGGGCAGCUGAGCAAGACAGCAGUUGUAUCCCCUCACCUUCCUCCCGUCCCACCCCAGAUAUCCUAAAUGAGAGAGAAAUAACUUAAAAAUAAAUGAUGAAAUUGAAACUAAGAAAGGCUGUAAUCAGCAGACUGGAAGCUGAGGAAGAUCUGGAAGUAAAAGAAAAAAUUAGAUGCGUUAAAAUGACAUGAGCAGGCGACUCAGUGGCCCAAAACAGGACCCAGAACAUUCAUCCGUAAAUGGAAUCUGAUAAUCUGGGGCCCAAAUUCUGUUUACUUAACAUGUGAGAAGAUUCACAGCCUAAAAGAGAAAAUCAAGUUGAACUAACAAUAAUUGACGGUGGGUGAAAGAUAAAUGUUUUAGGGAACAGAAGAGGAGCACAUAUUUAUGAAGCAAGAAUAGGUACAGUCAUUUUCCAACUAAUAUCUAGUGAGACUGGGAUUGACCACUCAGAAUGGGGGUCCACCAUGAGCAACCAAUUUGAGGUACCAGUGCAUAGCAGCUGAAUGCCAGCCCUGUAAAAGACCACCAUAAAGAGAGCUCCAUGUUCUUUUGCUCUUUUGGGGAUGGGACAUCAAACAAAAGUCUCUUCGUGUAUAUCUCAGCUCCUGCCACAUGAUCAUCACCUAUCUGUGAGAGGCAUCGCUUUUGCUUUGUUUAUUUAUUUUUUUAAUCCUCAUUCCCUAUGUCCACUUGCCUUCCUCUCCGAGGCAACUACUCUAAUGCAUUUGGUAUGUAACUUUAAAUUUGAAUGUAUUCUUGUAAAACAUCCAGUAUUUUUUUUUCUGUGACUAUGUUUUCACUUACAUAAAAGAAAUUGUGAUAGACCUUUUU